AUGCCAAUCGAUUUGGGACUUGCUAGAAUUUCGAGAUUGCUAUCAAUUAUAGGCAACCCACACAUUAGGAGCUACAAAUCAAUACAUGUUGCUGGAACCAAUGGCAAAGGAUCAACCAUUGCCUAUGUAUCAUCGAUCCUUAACGUAGCUCAAGUACGUCACGGCCGAUUCACCUCACCACACCUUUUAGAUAGCAACGAUUGUAUAUCUAUCAACGAUGAGGUAUACCCAUCAAAUAAGUUCAAGGAAAUAAAAUCUCUAGUGUCAUCUCAAAACGAUCGAUUAGCUUUGGGAUGCACUGAGUUCGAAUUACUUACAGCAACUGCCUUCAAGAUUUUUGAAAUCGAAAAAGUGGAAUUAGCGUUAAUAGAAGUGGGACUAGGAGGCAGACUAGAUGCAACCAAUGUGUUGGAACCAUCGGGCGUGGACCAAUACGGAAAGCGUUCUGGAGGUGUCAUAUUAGCGGGCAUAACAAAAAUUGGAAUGGACCACGAACAACUUUUAGGAAACACCAUCGAAGCAAUCGCGAGAGAAAAGGCAGGGAUCAUUAAGCAGCAUAUUAUUUCAGUGGUAGAUGGAUCCAACGAAGAAUCAGUACUAAUCACUGUUAGUGCCCGGGCCAAGGAAAUGAAGUCGGAGUUACUUAUUACCAACCCGAGUGAAGAUCGGACCAUUGGAGAAUUGAUAAAAUUUUCACCUCUCAAAGGUGAGUACCAGAUUCAAAAUCUUGCCGUAGCUCUUUCCCUUGUGAGGAAUCUUAAAGAGAAAUUUGAUUACCCUGGUCUCACAGAUGAUAAAAUUAGAGAAGGUAUUCGGCAAACUGUAUGGCCCGGGAGGUUACAAACUAUAUCUGAUGACAGAACCGGAAUCACUGCCUUAAUAGAUGGUGCUCACAAUGAGAAUGCGGCGAUAGAGCUUGGAAAAUACUUGCUGUCGUUGAGAACACAGUUGGCUAAAAAUGGAUUCAUUUUUGUUGUGGCUUUAUCAAAAGGCAAAUCUAUAGAGCAGCUAUUGAAGCACAUUGUCAACAAAACAUCUGACACUUUGCUAACUGCAAGUUUCACUCGGCCCACUGAUAUGCCUUGGGUGCAAUGUUACCUGGAAGAGGAGAUAGCAGAAGCUGCCAUCCCUUACGUAAAAGACGUUCGCCUAUUGAAUUCCUGUUCAAUUAAAGAUGUGUUCGACUAUUUAUUAGGAAUGAGGAAAGAAGGUGAUACUAGAGAAAUUGUAUUCUGUGGUAGUCUCUACCUUUGUUCGGAUAUCUUGCGUUACAUCCGCCAUGAAAUUCCACAGGAUCGCGUCGAGCAAAACUGA